ACUGUCCCACGCGUGGAGAUGUCAGGCCCAAUCCAGCAAUACUUUGUACAGCAACGACUCUGGUUCCUUGAAAAGCUUCAUACUGGCCUCUCCUCAUACAUGAUACCUUCAGCGGUGCGCCUCCGUGGAACCCCCGACCUAAACGCACUCGAGACUGCGCUGUCCGCCCUGUAACGCAGGAACAAGGCAUUGUGGGCUACAUUUUCUGGCGUGAAUGGCAUGAAUCUGCAGAGGAUCCAUCCCUUGCAGUCGAGACAGAUAUGCGUGAGUAAUCUUAUCGGCUGCGGCGAUAAAGUCCAACAGGCCCUCGCCAAUGGUGAGACCAUGCCGUUCAAUCUGGAAAUAGACCCCGGUAGAGGGUUUCUAUAAAUAGGCUCGGCGAGUCAGACCACUUGUUUGUAAUUGCUAUGCGUCAUAUAGUCUCGGAU